AUGCGAGCAGGCUACAUAGCUGGCAUUGUCUUUGGCAUCCUGGCCAUCUUCUUUGGCUGCCUAACCAUCUACCUCAUCUGGCGGCGCCACAAACAACAGCACGCCAUGGCCGCUUCAGCUAGAAGUCGUCAGGGCCAUAUUAUUGCGCCCUCGGUCGCGCAGCAGCAGGAGGAAGGGCGAGCUGAGAGGACGUCGAGGAGUGGGGGCGAGGGCAAGGAUGGCGUGGAUACGGACGUGGAUGGAGAGCCAUGGCCGUCAAGGAAGGCCAAGAAGGGACGAGGCGGUCAUACAGAGAUGCCGCCCCCUGCGCCGGGGCCAUUUUCCUAUCUGUGA